UCUCAAAGUCUUGUGAAAUCUGACUAAAACCUCUAUAGAAAUGAGUCAAGACUCGUCUAGUAAGAAAGAAGAGGAGAAUGGGUUUAUUAAUGAAAACAACAAAGUUAUCAAGAUUCUGAAUGAAAGCCAAGACCCAUGGAGCUUUGAUAAGAAAGCAGCUGGUCGUAAAAGAUCCUCCCUGAGAUUUCCCGAAUCUGGAGAUUCUUUAGAGGAUUCUAAAUUUGAUAAGAAAGCCAAUUUGGAAGAUCACCAGGAUGUUAUCCACAGGAAGAAAGUAUCAAAGACAAAGGAUAACCUAGGACCUCAGAUCCUGGAGAGAUUCAAAGAGGGAUCUGGAAAUAAGAUACAGCAAGCCUUCAGAGGCAUGGUUGUAAAAUAAAAUUGUUGAAAAGGAAGAAUAUAGCAUCCAUUUUAACUUAAUGCGAGCUAUAAAAAUGAUGUUCUACCAUCUUCUUUUCUUCGCAACAGGCAUUUUUUGAGCCUUCUUUCUGAUAUUAAUUGAAGGGUAUCAGUUUACCAGAAAUUUAGGAUUUAUUGGAACUCAUUGGUGGAUAGUGGUUCCUCAGUACAGCUUGCAAUUGUUCUUUAUUGGCUUCCUUGCAAUUGUGGUCUUCCUUCCUACAAAAAGUUUGACUCACUACGAAACCGGAAUUCUGGUUUACUCUGUAAUUGCAAGAUGUUUUAUUAUAGCUGUGAGAUACGGUUUUAUGUCAAUAACACGGUUUAAAUUAUAUAAAUCCAAGGCAACUUUUUCUUGGAUUUUACAUGAUUUGCUGCUAUUAGGCUGGCUAAAGAUGACUCCAGAGUCUCUCAAAGAGCAGAUCACUGCAACAAAGAAUCGGGUAAAAAUACUCGAAGAGGAUUGGAACUUUAUAUUUAUUGAAACUCUUCCUAUUGACCUUCAUAACAGAUUAUUAGACCUUGAUAAUCAUAACCAAGAAAAUUAUGACGAAGAGCAAAUUAAGAGGAAGAUUAAAUAUUCUCGAAAAGUCCUUCAUAUGAGAAAGACAAAGGAAGCUUCCUUCGUUGGUGAAGAUCUAGACAUUAUUCAUAAAACUUCCAAGUCAGAUAAACCCGAUGAUAAAAAUUCUGACUCUGAGAACGCAUAUGGGUUCUUAUCAAAAGUCGACGAAGAAAAUAUGCCAACAGAAGAGACAACGUACAAAGCAGAAUCAAUCUUGAGGGAGAUGCUAACACUGGACUCUGCUUAUCAUGGUGUGCCAAGGUAUGCAUUUUGGAUCGUAGGAUUCAGAAUUCUUCUCCAAGUAUGCUGUCAAUUCUUUGAAAAUAAUAUGUCCUUCGUAUUCCAUUGGUACGAAUAUCUUGCAACUAUUUGGUACUCCUUGACUUUAUUCUAUAUCUACAAUGCUAACCUCUUCUUUGUGAUUUCUGGAUUAGCAGAUUUUAAAAGAAAGUUAUUUCUUAUGAAGAUUCUUGGAAGCUUGAUUUCAAUAGAUAAAAACAGAGACUUCGUUUUCUCUUCUUAUUUCCCAACUAUAAAUAUUUGUUGUCAUAAAAACUUAAAGUCAUGGUUAAUACUCAGAGAGGCGUGCUUGGAUAUUGGCAAGAAGUACACAUACAGGAUUUUCUUAUACUGUUCAGUGUUCUUAGGAUUUAAUUUGAUCUUCCUUGGGUUCCUACUCAUGAAAACUUUUAGAGUAGUCUCUUGGACCCUGCCUAUCUCUGUAUCUGUAACUGGAACAUUUGACGUCUUUAUAAUCCUCGGAGUGUUAUUCCAAAUGCUCAGAAUUGGGUCCAAAGUAAACGACUGAUUUGAUCAUCACAAAGGUGAGCUCAUAAAGAUCAAGAAGCUUCUUCAUGAAGCAAAGGGUGAUCUAAAAUCAUACCUCCUCAAAGAUUUCUCACACUGCCAUUUUCGGCACUUAUUUUCCAAAAUGUUGUUAACAAUGCAGAAUUCCCACAGAAAUCGCGACUUCAUCUCUGAAGCUAUCGCUCAGGUAGACAUUACCAUCCAAGACCUUGACUAUGCGAAGGAGACUCAGCCUCUGAAGCUGAUGGGGUUUACAGCUUCGGGUCAGCUGAUCACAUCUAUUUAUACAGGAGUGGCCUCGAUCGGAUUUGCAUUAGUCCAAUUUUAUCUAUCUGGGGCAUAAUUUUGAGAUUUUAGAGAUUUCAA